GUACAACACUGUAGAUCAGUUUUAACUGACGUAAACAGAAUCAACGAAGAAGAAACGGCAUGACGUCACACGGUUGAGCAACCGGCGCGCUGCCCCCGGAAGAGAGCGGCGUGUGUUCGCCAUCGCUUCAUUGGAAACAACUCUUUCUCUUUGUGACUCAUUAUGGCCUCUGAUGACAUUGCUCAGCUGGUUGAUGCUCUUUCAAAGACCCACGUCGGGGAUGAGUUGAGCUAUAAAGGCUUGGGACUGAAGCUGGACAAUGCAGAAUCAGUGGAGGAGCUGGUUCGUGAGAUUGAGCAGUAUCAGGGUCUGAGAGCUUUGCGUCUGGAGGGGAACACUGUGGGAGUGGACGCAGCCCGGGCCAUUGCCAAGGCUCUGGAGGGCAAAGACCAGCUCCAGAGAUGCUAUUGGAGUGACAUGUUCACGGGAAGGUUGCGCUCUGAAAUCCCAACAGCCCUGAGGUCUCUGGGCAGCGCCUUAAUGAGUGCAGGGGCCAGGCUGACCGAGCUGGACCUGAGCGAUAACGCCUUUGGGCCAGAUGGAGUGAAGGGGAUCGAGCAGCUGCUGAAGGGCCCUUCCUGCCACACCUUGCGGGAGCUGAGGCUCAACAAUUGUGGCAUGGGGAUCGGAGGAGGAAAGAUCCUGGCAGAAGCUCUGAUUCAGUGCCACAGACAGUCAUCAGCACACGGAGCUCCACUCAAACUGAGAGUGUUCAUCGCAGGGAGGAACCGCCUGGAGAAUGAAGGAGCCAACGCCCUGGCUAAGGCCUUUCAGCUGAUGGGAAGCCUGGAAGAAGUCCACAUGCCCCAGAAUGGUAUCAACUACGCAGGUGUGAUGGCGUUAGCUUCAGCCAUGCGACACAACCCAGAGCUCCGCGUCCUCAACCUCAACGACAACACCUUCACCAAGAGGGGAACGCUAGCCAUGGCACAGGCUCUGAGGCACCUGAGGAACAUUCAGGUGAUCAACUUUGGAGACUGUCUGGUCCGCUCUGAAGGAGCUAUCGCCCUCGCUGCUGUCCUCAGAGAGGGGCUGCCGAUCCUCAAGGAUCUCAAUCUGUCAUUUGGUGAGAUCACGGAGGCAGCAGCUCUGGUGGUGGCUCAGGCUGUGAUGGACAAACCGGACAUGGAGAAAGUGGAUCUGAACGGUAACUGUCUGGGAGAGGAGGGCUGUGAGUCCUUGAGGGAAGCUAUGGAAAACAUGGACAAAGGAGACAUGCUGGCAUCACUCAGUGAUGAUGAGGGAGAACCUGAUGACGAGGAUGAAGAAGAUGACGACGACGACGAUGACAAUGAUGAUGAUGUCAGUGACGACUGUAAUGAAGACAAUGAGGAGGACGGUGAAAUUGGGAGGGAAAACGGAAUGAUGAAAAAAGACGACAGUCCUGCAAAACCUCAGAGCUCAGCAGAGAUCAUGUCUUUCCUGAGCUGCCCCUCUGCAGAGAAGCUCCUCCAGCUGGGAGAGACGAGGACAGACCUGCAGCAACAGGUGGAUGCAUCUGAUCCACACAAGGCCGCUGAUAUCCUUCUGAAAAUCGCUUCCUUGUACAGCGAGGAACCAGAGACCAAGACCGCUGUCCUUGAAACUUUUGACGCUGUAUUGAAGAAGCUCCUCUGUGGCUCAGCCUUCCAGUCAUACUGCUUCCUGUCCACGCUGCUGGUCAUGAUAGGACUCCUCAAGGGAGAGGGGAAGAUGAAAAAGGUGUCACUGGUCCCAGGUCAGCUGUUGUGUUUGGAGCACGCUGUCCAGCAGGAAUACUUCCCUCAGCAGCACGCCUCGCUGCUUCACACCUUCAUGUCCAAGAACAGUGACGCUCUGGAGUCCUGCAGCAGCGCCAGUGAGAGGCUGAGCUCCACUCUGGAGAAGAAGUGCCUUGACCAACCACCGAUCAACCUCUGAUCAACCUUUGAUCAACCUUCUGACCAACUUGUACCAACACUGGGACACAGACACACACUGCACUGACUUUAAUGUCUUCACAAAGAGAACCAACAGGGAAGUUUUACACUUGAACAAGGGACUCGGACAACCACUUAACGUACCUCCACUCCUGAUUUUGUAUAUUUUAUGAAGGCAAAUAACUGUCCUGAAUGUCUUAGUUUUUAUUUUUCUACUUAUGCUCUAAGUGACUUAUAUUUUUUUAUAGAAAAUACAGAUAGAAAUAACACACAUCAGGUAAACUUUGGGUUAAUGUGUAAAAAGGAUGAAACUGAUUGUAAACUGGGGUGGAGCUAACAUUAGACAAGUUGGCACCUUUUGCUGCUUUGCAUUUAGUUAUAUAUAGUUUCACAAUUCACUGUUAACAACAAAACAAUGCCUUUUCAGACAUAGCUACGGAAAUGUCCAGGUUAACAGAUUAACGUUAUUUCCAGAUACAGAUGACUUUGGAAAUUGUACCGUAGAUUUGGGAAAAGAAUGACGGAUAUUCAGAGUGUUCUGAUAAACGCACAGCGACAGAUUUGCUGUAUUUUUGAGAUCUUUUAGAUCUCACACACUGAUAUUUGAUGCUGUGAAAACAUUGUUAUGGAGUGCUGAGACCGAAAUGGAAAUGCCAAUUCAUGUAAAUCACACUGAAAAGAAAAAAACUAUAACUAUAAAUCAAAAUAAAAUAGUCAAAAAUAAAGAGCUGA